AUGUCGAUGAUUGGAAGUUUUGAAGGUUUCCAGCCAGUGUCUCUGAAGCAAGAGGUCGAAGAGCAGCCCUCUGAGACUGAUCGCUUGUCCACAGAGGAGGGGGACCCAGGCAAGGACUCAGCACCGAAGCUGAUUUCAAGGCAACCGAGUGUGACUGAAUCAACGCUCUACCCCAAUCCUUAUCACAAGUCUUACAUGUCACGGAAGUACUUUGUUACACGGCCGGGGGCCAUUGAAACUGCCAUGGAAGAUUUGAAAGGCCAUAUAACAGAAACUUCUGUAGAGACCAUACAAGGCUUCUGGCUCUUGACUGAGAUAGACCACUGGAACAACGAGAAGGAGCGGAUUGUGCUGGUCACAGACACGACUCUCUACAUCUGCAAAUAUGACUUCAUCAUGCUUAGCUGUGUGCAGAUGCAGCGCAUCCCACUGAGUGCUAUCUGUCGCAUCUGUGUGGGCAAGUUUAUCUUCCCAGGGAUGUCCCUGGACAAGAGGCAGGGAGAAGGCCUUCGGAUCUAUUGGGGGAACAUGGGAGAGCCGUCUCUGCUGUCCCGCUGGAACCCAUGGUCCACUGAGGUUCCAUACGCCACCUUCACUGAGCACCCCAUGAAGCACAGCAGUGAAACGCUACUGGAAAUGUGCAAGAUGUCUGGGUUGACAUCUAAACUUGUUCCAACUAUCGAGAAAGCCCACAAGAAUCCCACAGGAUCUGGAAGCAAAAAGGAAUUUAGGGUGCUAAUGGAACCCAUUUUGAUUGAGACCUACAUGGGGCUGAUGUCAUUCAUUGGAAACCGCAACAAACUUGGCUAUUCCCUCGCCCGUGGGAGUAUUGGUUUUUGA